GCCUCAUGAAGGCAGCGGGCCGCCCUCUCUGAGACUGCUGUCGAGUCAGGAGAAAAUCGAAAUUUUGUCUCCUACACGUAGAGCUAUAUGUCAGCCUGGAUUGUAUCGUUCGAGUUGCUGAGUUUUGGAGAUAUCAGCUGUAGAGAGGCCCGACUUCACUCCAGUAUAAUGGAACUCGAUGGCCCGCCACUUGUGGUGCUCAAAGCCCCUGAAAAUACAUUUGAAAAACUCAACAGCAAUGUCUUUUUCUGCAGAUCAUGCCUUAGUAACUCAAGAUAAUCCACAGACCUUGUUGUGAGCAGCUUCAUUUCUUAAUGGCUAUCAUAGAUAGCUAACCUGUCAUCCAUGGUCAGUGGAUUAUCUUUAGAAACGGGGUCAUUAUAUCUGUAACAAACACAUUGCUGUUGAGCAUUUCAUAGAAAAAACAAAGGGCAAAAGUGAGAAAAUGCUGGUCUGGAUCACUUCCCAAAUCUGACCAGCUCCACUUCCUAAAGUGUGAUGAAUCAUUAGGGUCAAACACGUGUCCGUGUCGGAAGCUCAUUAAACACAUGUCCAUAGAUGCAUGAACGCAAUUAAGAGGAAAGUUGUGUGUCCAAACAGAUACUUUGAGCGUUCUGCUCAUCCUUUGGCCAAAAUGACCUUCUGAGUCUGUGCACAUGACACAAAUAGAUCUGGGGCAUCUGGUGUGGGGCCUGUCAGACAUGAACAUGACACACACAAGUGAUUUUGUCCCACCACUGAAUAUCUUUUGGAGAAUGGAGACUAAUUUAGAUCAGUCAUAGAUGAACUCUUCAUUUCUUAUAACCAAACGAUCAUAACCCUUCUGCAGACGCCUCCAUUUGUCCGAAGACUGAGAGUUUCAUCCUGUUUUGGUUUCUAUUUUACAGAAGUGGCUUAGAGGUUGCAAAACUCCACCCUGACAGUAUCAUGUACAGUAGACCCUGCUGUCCUAACUCACCACUGAAGCUGUAUGAUUAAAGUGAUUAAAAAUUCAGACCUCUAUGAUUACAACAAUUGGAAGUACAUUACAUACAAGACAUUUUACACCCUUUUCUCCCAAAUUCACUCCAUUUUUUUGAGGGGGGGCGGGGUGUUUGGAAACUUUGAGACCUCUGCUGGAAUUUUAAAUGACGUUAAAUGGCAGUCAUUGAGGAUUAACUUUCACGGGGCUUUAAACUUUGAACAUUGUCCUCUACAGUCCAAACUGCCGCUCUUCCCUUCCUCCCAGCAGCCUUUCAUGUGAACGGGCUGCUAACUGCUGGCUCCAUCAGAGGGCCCGUUCUCCUCCCAGAGCACUGGAGGCAGCAUGGAGAGGCGGGAGGGGGGGUUGGUGGGGGCCAGGACCAAAUGGCCCUCGUAGGAUUAGCGGCAUUGUCCGCCAUUGUCAAGGCUACUCCCCGACUCCUAUCACCUCUGUAAUCUCCAGACUUGUUUUCAAUACGCAACCAAAUGCUGGCAGGAAGGGGACCUGAUGUGUCUGUACUUCCAUCCCCCCAGGGCGCUUUGAUAUUCUGCUCACUGUCCUCCAAAGUAGAGUCUCCAUCGCAAGCCCAGUGCAAUACUGUAUGACUUCUCAGAGACCCCGCCCCUCUCUGAGAUGACCAAUCAAGUUCAAGGCUCGAACUUAUCAAGGAUAGAGACCCUGGCCUGAUUGUGUUUUGACCUCAGUGUUAGAACACCUGAAAGCAGCACUUUGUCUCCAGACUUUGUUGGCGGUGACGAAAGGAGGACGCAGAAACAUGCAGCACAUCUCGGACUUCAAAUCAAAUCUAAGCAUGCCCCGACCCCCUCCGGCAGCUGACUCCUACCAGCAGGGCUCCAUCAAGAUGACCCUGGAAAACUCUGAUCUCUGGAAGUCCUUCCACACCAUCGGAACGGAGAUGAUUAUCACAAAGCACGGAAGGAGAAUGUUUCCACACUGCAGCAUCAGUCUGUCCGGGCUCCAACCGUAUGCCAACUACGUCGUCAUGGUGGAUAUGGUUCCUGUAGACAGCUUCAAAUACAAGUGGAAAAAGGAGCAGUGGGAGGUUGCGGGUAAGGCAGAGCCCCAGCCCCCGUGUCGAACAUACAUGCACCCGGACUCCCCAGCUCCGGGAAGUCACUGGAUGAAGCAGUCGCUGACUUUCCUCAAGAUGAAGCUCACCAACAACACUCUGGACCAGCAUGGCCAUAUCAUCCUGCACUCCAUGCAUCGCUACUACCCAAGGUUUCAUGUCACCCAGGCAGACAGUCCUUACACGGUCCGCUGGGGCCCGUUUCAGACCUUCUCCUUCCCAGAGACGUCCUUCACCGCAGUGACCGCUUACCAGAACCCAAAGAUCACCAAAUUGAAGAUCGAUCACAACCCCUUCGCCAAGGGAUUCAGGGAAGGAGGCACCCACUCCCACAGCAAAAGGUGUCGUCCAAAUAGAAGCCCUCCUGCAAAAAGAGCCGCCCUGGACAGAAAUGCUCUUUGUGAAAGCCCUCCAGGCCUGCAGAGGAUGCCCUCCACCUCUCAGUCGUCACAGGCAGGGAAGAAUCAGCCCUCCACGCAGCAGCAGCAGCAGCAGCAGCCACCCUUGAAGGGGGUUGACCUCUCAGCCUGGGCUCUGGAGCAGGACCCGUCUGAGAGUCUCCACGCUGAGCCCCUGGAGCAGCACGAGUACGACUACAGCUGUGAAGAGCAGAUGGUGCCCGCAUCCGUGGCGUACCAGCCCUACAGGUCUGUCGACUACGCCCGAUUCCCACUGCCCUCCACUGACGUAGAAGCGGCGCACACCCCCGUACACCCCCCGCCUCACCCAUUCACCACAGCCGAGCACAACUCACAGCAGCACGGAUACUACCACCAUCCUUACCAUAACGGCCAUGCAGCAGACUGGAGCCAAUACCCACUCUUCUCCUACUCCCUCUGGUGAACUCUGAUCCAUUGCAAUGGUGAUCGCUGACGGAGGAUAAAACCAGACUAACAGGCCGCUCGAGUGGUGUUAAAAGUGUAUAAAUGUGUAUAAAGGGUUGUUUUUUGUUUUUUUUUAAUGUUGGAUCAGUUUUUUUUUUUCAUUUUUCACUUCCAUUGGACGAUUGUAUUCAUCUGAGGUGCUGUUGCUGUACUUCUUAUGUACCGUGCUCAGCCUGAGCUUGUCAGGGUUAAAGCGGAUACAGUAUGUAUUAUGAGAUGCAGCAAUAUAUAUAGUGAUAUAUCCACUCAGCUGGGAAAUAAGUGUGAAAUUGAAUCUGCAAGAGUUGCUCCUGUGUACUGCAACAAAAACAGAACUUCAAUAAGACUGUACACCAAAUUGAGGUCGCGAAGGCUCUUUGGACUCUUGUGUUGACUUUGUGCUCAUCUGCAGCUGUUACUGCUAAACACUUAUUUUAAUGCAUAACAAAACAUACUUUUAUUCAACAGCAAACUGUAAAAAGAUUGUUUCAGAGUCAUACCAGAUAAGUCGAACUGUCAGAAUCAGUAUCUGCAUAAAAAAGUGACUUAUUGUUUCUUAAUAAAUGGAGAUGAACAAUACCAGGUAAACCGGUGUGACACUGUUUUGUGAUUUAAAAGUUAAGAACAUAAUAUCAUAUAUCUCAUCUGCUUUAUAAUGAAUACAAACUGAAUAUGAGUCUAAAGACA